GGACUUAUAGUACUAUAGUCAACAUCGCGAAUCAGACUUCUGUGAUAAGUAAAUAAUAAUAUAAACACUGUAAUCGUGUUCACAGACGGACGGGUUCAAAGUCCAAAGAAUCGUUGAGUAUAAGUAUAUAGUCUGCUUACAAUUGUUUGAUUUACACCUUUUAUAAUGUUUUCGAGUAGCGCCCGCCUCUUACAUAAGUCGUUUGCUAGCGUAAAAGCAGCCGCAGCAAACAUGUCUUCGAAUGUACCGAGCUUCAAGAGUUUGGCGGUGACGGUGCCAAAGCCCUUCGUGUACCAUGUAGAAUUCAAUAGGCCCGAAAAAGUGAACGCAAUGAAUCAAACUAUGUGGACAGAGAUCGGACAAUGCUUCAAUGAGUUGAGCUUCAACCCAGAUUGUCGAGUCAUCGUCGUUUCGGGAGCAGGAAAACUGUUUACUGCUGGUAUUGAUGUAAAAGAUUUAAUGAGAGUUGCACCGGAAUUGGCGGAGGCUGAAGACGUCGCCCGUAAAGCGAAGAUUCUUCAGCAACUCAUCAGCAGGUUCCAAGCUAGUUUCUCGUCUAUGGAAGAAUGCAGCAAACCUGUGCUUGCAGCGGUUCACAGCGCUUGCAUUGGUGCUGGUGUUGACUUCGUGUCAGGCGUUGAUAUCCGUUAUUGCUCCAAAGAUGCUUACUUCCAAGUCAAAGAAGUUGAUAUGGGAAUGGCUGCUGAUGUGGGCACCCUCCAGAGGCUUCCGAAAAUCAUCGGAAACCAAGGAUUGGUCCGCGAGUUAUGUCUGACCGGAAGGAAAAUGAUGGCCGACGAGGCUCUUUCGCAAGGCUUAGUAUCCAAAGUAUUCGAUGAUAAAGAAAAAAUGAUGGAUGGUGUUUUGAAAAUUGCUGAAGACAUUGCGUCCAAGAGUCCGGUCGCCGUGCAGGGUAUCAAACGCUCUUUGAUCUACGCCAGAGAUCAUUCGGUCCGAGACAGUCUUGAUCAGAUUGCGUCAUGGAAUCAAUUUAUGCUGCAAAGCGAUGACUUUGCCAGCGCUGUUAUGGCUCAAGCCACCAAGAGUGAUGAUAUCGAAUUCUCCAAGCUUUAAACACACUAAUUAGCUUUUCAAUUAUCGCUUUGUAUUUACGAUUUUUUUUACAUUGAUUAUACUACAAAUAUAUAUGUUUGUUUUCACAA